AACUGUUUAGUGUUUACCUGUUGUUUUCUAUUGGCAUAAUAAAAUAAACCAACAAUUAAAAAUACAUAACAAAUUGGCUGUUAACUAUAUAUGCUGGAUUGUGAGUAACGGAAAGUAUAUAUUGUUAAACACAGAUGACUUUAGGACGUAAAUAUCAGAAUAAUUCUUCCGGGAAUGUUGGGGAGGUUCGUAAGGUCUCAACUAAUCAGUCAAAGGUCGGGACGCUCUCUGGGUGUUCGUCUUCAAUAUCACUAUCAGACAUGAUUGAACCACCGGACUAUGAGGAUGUGUGCGACAGAAUGAUGGGUGAUCAAGAUGCAUUGGCAUAUCCAGCCAAUGAUAUAGAGUUGGUCACGGUGCCUCGUAAGAUCAAGACUCUAACACACAUACUCCCUGAUGAAGAUUUGAGCAAAGCACCAAUGUUUGUAAGGGACUGCAUCAGCUGCUACACAUCAGAUUACACUGUGGUGGAGUACAAGUACAGAUGCUACUCUGGGUCUACGUACAACCGUGACAAGCUGGCCGACAGGAUUGAUAGGCUGCUUGUGGCGCCGCCCCAGCAGUAUGAGAUUGAUGCCGAGUUUUCGGUGUCCACUGAGGAGCUUGCUUCACAACAGUUAUCAACACAGUUCGACUCCCAGCCAUCAAGUGGACGCCAGUCAGUCGCAUCAAUAUCGUCGUCGUCAUCAUGCAACGAGACCCUGACCCCGCGAGGUUCCUGGGCCAGCCUGGACCUUCGCAGCUCAUCAUCUGACCCUUUACUACCAGAUUUUUUUGACAAGAAAACACAGGAACAGAUAGACGCCAUUAAUGAAGCUAGAAGAUUGGAAAACAGACAGUCAGAUUUACUUGGACUGUACUCACCAUACCUGGAUGAGGAAGAAGCAGUGGAGCGUCGGCUGACAGCGGAGAUGCCGUGCGAGCUCAUUGGGCAUAGGAUACUUGUCGUUUGUCAUCAGCUAAAACUGGAACUGGACGUGGAGCCCCUGUUCGCGUCGAUGGCGCUCUACGACGCCAAGGAGAAGAAGAAGCUGUCGGAGAACUUCUACUUCAACCUGAACUCGGAGUGCACGCGGCAGAUGUUGUCGUCACACGUGUCGCACGCGGACGUGUCCUCGUUGAGCCGCAGCGCCGUGUUCGACGUGCCCGCGCUCGCGGCCGCGUGCGACGUGUUCCUGGUGGUGCGACUGGAGAAGGUGCUGCAGGGAGACGUCAACGAGUGCAUCGAGCCCUAUCUCAAGGAUGAUAAGAACCGCGAGAAGGUGCGUGCGUCGGCGGCGGCGGCUUGCGAGCGACUGGGCAAGUUCCGCAUGCCGCUGGCGUGGACCGCGCUGUCACUCAGCCACGUGCUGGCGGGCGGGGCGCAGCCCGAGCGAGAGCCCGGCGGCUCGGGCCCCGCGCCCGACAGGGACGGCUCCAGCACCAACAGCCUCGACCGCAAGGCGUCGUCCAGCAGCCUGGAGCAGCUCCGGCGCCGCGCGGGCGAGGUGGGCGGCUCGCUCACCCGCAAGGGCUCGGUGGAGCGCCGCGCCGCGCCCGCACCGCACUCCGCCGACGACGUGCUGCACUCGCUCGACACCUUCAAGCCUAUUGUCAUCACACUCACCAGCUUCUUCAAACAGGAAACUGAUAAACUUCGCGAUGAGGAUCUGUACAAGUUCCUGGCGGAGAUCAAGCGGCCGAGCUCGGCGCCCAAGAAGCUCAAGUGCAUCCCUGGGACGCUCAAGAUAGAGGUGUCGCCGUGCCCGGACGAGAUCAAGAACGGACUGACGCCAGAACUGGCCAGAAUAAGUCCUUAUGGAGACGAGAAGGUGCGGCCGUGCAAGGAGGUGUUAGUAUUCGGGCCUUCGCCCCCCGCGCCCCACCUCCACUACCGCAACCUGCUGUUCGUGUGCGUGCGCGACCUCAACCUGGCCGCCUGCGCCUCGCGCGCCGGCUCCGCGCGGAACAUCACGGUUCGGGUGCAGCUGAUGUCUGGCGAGCAUCAAGACAGUGCGCUGCCCAACAUCUUCGGGCGGAGUUCGUGCCCUGAGUUCACGACGGAGGCCUAUACCACCGUGCUGUACCAUAACAAGAACCCGUCGCUAUACGACGAGAUCAAGAUCAAGCUGCCAGCUGACCUGGGUGACCAGCACCACCUGCUCUUCACGUUCGUCCACGUGUCGUGCCAGCGCAAACCCGUGGCACCUGACCACGAGAAGAACGUGGAGACGCCCGUCGGCUAUUCCUGGCUGCCUCUGUGCCGCAACGGCAAGCUGACCAGCGGAGAGUUCUGCCUGCCCGCCAUGCAGGAGGAGCCGCCCCCCAACUACUCGUACAUAUCGCCCGAUGUACUGCUGCCCGGCACGCGCUGGAUAGACAACCACAAACCCAUCUUCACCGUGGCGCUGGAGCCCUACACCACGGUGCAUCCGCAAGACAGCUACAUUGAGCGGUUCGCGAUGGCUUGCGAGGCGGUGCAGGAGGGAAACAUUCCAGCACGCAUCGGACUCGUCAACAUGGAGGCCGAGCUCAGAGCCAGCAUCACGGAGCUGCCGCUGGCCAGCUCGGAGGCGCUGGCGCGGUUCCUGCCUGUCCUGGGUGACAAGCUGCUGCAGCUACUGGCCGCGCCACCUGAGCUGGCGGGUCGCUCGCUGAACAUCGCACAGGACGUCUUCACCUGUCUCGCCAACCUCUUCACCGAGAUCGUCAACAUGAAUGAGUGUUCAACGUGCGACGCCCACGGCCGCAGCAGCUUGAUCAGCACUUACAUCCAGUACCAGUGCCACAUCCCGCGGCCGGCGCUCUCUGACACUGACAUCGGCCUGCCACUACCGCCCUCUGUGAUGACGGACGGUUCGUGCAAGAUCCUCCACGAGGAGAUCGCGCUGCAGUGGGUGGUGGCAAGCGGCUCCACGCGGGACCUGGCCAUGACCAACUCCUGGGCUUUGUUCGAGCUGAUGGUCAAGUCCAUGGUGGAGUACUUGUACUGGAGCGGCGCGCACGAGGCCCCGCGCAAGGCCCGCUUUCCCGACCACUUCACUGACGACCUGGCCACCCUCGUCACCAAUGUCACAGCGGAGAUCAUCGCCAAAUACGGCAAGAACAGUCGCCUGACGCAGAGCCUGAACAACAGCCUUGCGUUCUUCCUAUUCGAUCUGUUCAGCAUCAUGGACCGCGGGUUCGUGUUCAACCUGGUGCGCGGCUACCACAAGCAGAUGUCGGCCAAGAUAGCCUCGUUGCCCGACGCCGUGCAACUUGUUCUGUAUAAGCUGUCGUUCCUCCGCGUCCUGUGCUCACACGAGCACUACGCGGCGCUGUGCCUCCCGGGCGGGCCGCGCACCACCCCCGCGCCCCGCCCCGCGUCGCCCGCGCCCUCCGCGCGCUCGUCGGCGUCCUCGGACAGCCGCGGCGGCGCCGUGUCGCUCACGGCCGAGUUCCGCUCGCGACACUACCUGGCCGGCCUGCUGCUCUCAGACCUGGCGGCCGCGCUAGAACUUCCUAGUCCGGCGGUGCAAUGCGCGGCGGUAAGCGCGGUGGUGUCGCUACUGUCUGCGCACGACGCCGACCCACGCCUGGCCAGCGCGGACGUGAAGGCGCGUGUGGCGGCACUCUACCUGCCACUGCUGGGCAUCAUCAUGGACGUGCAGCCGCAGCUCUACAGGAGCUUCGACAGUGGCAAAGAAAUACUUCAAUUUGAUGGUGAGAUGGGUCAAUUGAGUGGCCUGUACCCAGCUUCCUCGCCCGAAGGGGAUUGCAAGCAGAGCGGGCGCGCCACGCUGAACAGCGAGACGAGCCGUAACCUGCUCAUGUGUCUGGUGUGGGUGGUGCGGUGGAACGAGCGCGGGGCCCUGGCCGCGGCCGUCGCCGACCUGCCGCCCGCCGCACUACACUCGCUGUUCACGCUGCUAGACCUGUGCUUCAAGUGCCAGGAGUACAAGGGCCGUAAAGAGAUAAUGAAAUGCGCGCAACAGAACGUUCGUAAAACAACGGACAUAAAAGCCAAGUUGGAAGAUGUCAUUUUGGGUCAGGGCUCAGCGAGGUCCGACUUCAUAAUGCGACGCAAAGGCGGCGGGUCGUGCGGGCGCGGCGCAGCGCGAGACCGCUGGCGCAAGGAGUGGGUGCGCGGUGCCGGCCGCUCUCGGCCCGCGUCGCCCACUCGGCCGCCGCAGCCCGCGCUGGCCGCACACCUGGCCGCAGAGCUCGCGCUCACUCUGCUCCACGCGCUCGAGGCCAUCGUGCAGUCGUGCAGCAGCUCGGAGUGGAGCCAGGCCGCAUGUAGCGGAGCACUGACGGUAGUACUGCGGGCGCUGCAGCGGAACCAGAGCACCACCGUGCUGCAGCACAUGUUCGCGACCGUGCGCUCGCUGGUGCACAAGCUGGGGUGGUCGUGUUGCGGCGAGGAGUGGGGCCCGGGCGUGUGCCGCGUGGUGCUGCGGCACUGCGCCGCGCUCAGCGCCGCGUCGCGGGCGCACGCGUCCGCCACGCUGUACGCGCUCAUGAGGCACCACUACCGGCUGGGCAACAACUUCAGUCGGAUAAAGAUGCAAGUGACAAUGUCACUGUCAUCACUGGUGGGGACCUCUACCACGUUCAGUGAAGAGUCUCUCCGGCGAGCGCUGAAGACCAUUCUGCUGUAUGCUGAACACGACCAGGAUCUUCAGGAUACCAACUUCCCUGAACAGGUGAAAGACCUGGUGUUCAAUCUUCACAUGAUCCUGAGUGACACCGUGAAGAUGAAGGAGUUCCAGGAAGACCCUGAGAUGCUGCUCGACUUGAUGUACCGAAUCGCUAGGGGAUACCAGCACAGCCCCGACCUGAGACUUACUUGGCUCAAUAACAUGGCACAAAAGCACAUGGAGCGGUCCAAUCACGUGGAAGCCGGCAUGUGCCUGGUGCACGGCGCCGCGCUGGUGGCGGAGCACCUGCGCGCGGCGGGCCGGGGCGCCGCCCUGCUGGCACCAGUCACACACAACGCGCUGGACGAGAGCUGCCCUGACGUGCAGCUGCCGCACCACCACCUGAGCUGCCAGGAGCUGCAGGCGCUGUUGGAGCACGCGGCCAGCGAGCUGAUGGCGGGCGGUAUGUACGAGACGGUCAACGAAGUGUACAAGGUGCUCAUACCCAUCGCCGAGCAGAAUAGGGACUACAAGAAGCUGGCCAACAUACACAGCAAGCUGAGCGAGGCAUUCACCCGGGUGGAGCAACUGGUCGGCAAGCGAGUCUUCGGCACGUACUUCCGCGUGUCGUUCUACGGCGCGCGCUUCGGAGACCUGGCCGGGGAGGAGUUCGUGUACAAGGAACAUGCGCUCACCAAGCUACCCGAGAUAUUCAGCCGCCUCGAGAACUUCUACGGACAGCGCUUCGGUGCCGAAAACGUAGUAAUUAUCAAGGACUCCAACGUGGUGGACGCGAGCAGCCUGCAGCCAGACAAGGCCUACAUCCAGAUCACGUAUGUGGAGCCCUACUUCGAGACGCACGAGCUUCGCACCAGGGUCACGCACUACGAGCGGAACUAUAACAUCAAGCGGUUCAUGUACGCCACGCCGUUCACGGCGGACGGGCGAGCGCACGGCUCUCUGGCUGAGCAAUGCAAGCGGAAGACCAUCCUCACUACGGCGCACCACUUUCCCUACCUGAAGACCAGGAUACAGGUAGUCCAUAGAAGCACAAUAAUAUUGAGCCCGAUCGAGGUGGCGAUUGAGGAUAUACAGAAGAAGAUAAGUGAGCUGUCUGCCGCAACCAGUCAGGAGCCGGCCGACGCCAAGAUGCUGCAGAUGGUGGUGCAGGGUUGCAUCGGCACCACCGUCAACCAGGGGCCGCUGGAGCUGGCUCAGGUGUUUCUGUCCCCGGUGGCCGAGGGCACGCAGCCUCCCACGCGUCUCACCAACAAGCUGAGACUCGCUUUCAAAGAUUUCUCCAAAAAAUGCCAGGAUGCGCUACGUAAGAAUAAGAACCUGAUCAGCAGCGAGCAGCGGGAGUACCAGCGCGAGUUGGAGCGCAACCUGCAGCGGUUCACCGCGCGCCUCGCCCCCCUGUUGGCUUCGCCCGUCUCCCACGCGGCGCUGCUCACGAAUGGAGUGAGCAAGACAGACUUCAAGCAUCAACAAUAAGAAACGCACCUACAAGUACUAGUGCACUCAAGUAUCAUUAUUUUAAAAUAGUGCUGUUAUUUACCAGUAUUGUAUUAUGAUAAGAUUAUUCAUAAUUCGUUAUAAUUGAUGUCUAUCUAGUAGAAGUCUAGUUUUCGUCUAUUAAUUUUUAAUAGUUACAUACAUCCUAUUUACUCAUUACGAUAUAAAAAGUAUUUCUUUAAACUUAUAA